UUGGCUUGAGCCACCAAAUAGUCCGACUGAGUACAGAGCGCGCAGGGCGCGGUGGGAUAUGCAGCCUCUCCGUGGAGGACCGAGAGCAGUCCUCCGGGUUCUCGGAGACAAGAUGGCUGCGGCUGGCGUUUCCAGGCCAGUCUGUUACAGCAGAGCUCGGUUCUUGUUGUACUGAGAGGGGUAACAUUCCCUUGUCGAACCGGGAUUUUUUUUAUUUCGUUGUUAUAAGGAUUUAAAGGAGACAAAACAUGGGGUGUCAGACUUUACAGAUCAUGAGACAGGGCGUCUGGGCUUCAGUUACAGGCGGCUGGUAUUAUGAUCCGCAUCAAAAUACAUUUGUCAAUGCCUUACAUCUGUACAUCUGGAUGUUCCUCCUUUGCUUUCCGUUUACGCUGUACAUGGCCCUGCCCUCCUCCAUGUUGAUCGUUGGGAUCUAUUGCGGCGUGAUCGCUGCUGUCUUCCUGCUACUCAAGGUGGUGAAUUACCGUCUGCACCGGGCACUGGACGAGGGAGAGGUGGUGGAGCGCAGCGCCAGCCAGCUGACCAACCGCGGGGCCAAGCUGGAAGGAGGCAAUAACAGCAACGCUACCCGCCGUGAGGACAGCAAUGGCCCAGGCGAUCCCGGAGGGGGGAUCGAAAUGACUGAUUUCAUCAGGGAAGUCACUCCUCCAGUGGAAUGCAGCUCAAGGAAUUCCUUUGCAGGCAUGGACUCCAUUAACCAGAUUGCAUCUUUGCAAGGUGGAGUCACCAUGACAGUCAAAGAGAUGGGAAAGACCUCAGAUGACAUUAGCUUGAGCCUGGCUCAGAGCUGCAGCCUCUGCAAGGACGGGAGCCAGGAGCAAGAUCUGACAACGGACCCAAAGAUGUACUGUCUGGUCUCCAAUGACUCCUUCGCCUCGAUGCAACCGUCCACCUCCCUGGGACCCCCUGAGCUGGCCCGAGACCCUGUGGAGCUGCCCUACGUAUCCUCCUCACACCACGUGGACCAGUCUCUGUCUGCAGCCUGCGACACUGAGGCAGCCUCCCUCAUCCCACUGCACUCCCAGUCCUACCGCAAGGACCCUCGCCCCCGAGGAGUCCCUCGCACAUCCAGCUCUGCAGGAUCUGCCUUCCCCGAUCCCUCGCUACCAGACUUGGGCAUUUACCCCCAGCCCAGGAGGGGCGGGCUGGACCCUGUGUGUGAACUGGAGGCCUCCAAGCCCUCUAACUCGAGAGAAGCUGAGGCAGGGCUGUAUCAGCUGGAACCCACUGCCUCUGCCUCUACCUCGAGGGGGCUGGAAAUGGGAGACUGCUGCGGGCACUAUCAACUGGAGGCCAGGACGCUUGCCGUCUCCAUUUCCCGCGAGGCUGGCGAGGGGAGUUCGGGGCUCUAUCUGGCCGGGCAUGGUUCCCGGAAAGUUCUGAAAGGGGAUUGCAGCGCGGAUAGCCUGCGGAGUCUCAGCACGAGAAGCAGCGGCUCGACGGAGAGCUACUGUAGUGGCACCGACCGCGACACCAACAGCACGGUCAGCAGCUUCCGCAGCGAGCAGACCAGCUCCACACACGUGGAGAGCCUGCUCUCGCUGUCAGGGGACGAGAAGGGCAAGCAGCAGCCAGGGGACUCCAGCUUCUCGGCCACCACCGAGAGCAGGACACAAGGGGAAGGGGGCUCACCCGGCUGCCAGAGUCGCAGCAGCAGCUCCCGAGGGCUCAGUGCCCUGGCAGGGGAGGCUAACAAGAAUCCGCACGCCAACGAGCUGACGGCCAAGCAGCAGCCGGCUCCCAGUCCUGCGGAACCGGUUGACCAUGGCACAGAGGAACCACGCGCCAGGACCAGGAAAGAGAAAGCCAGCGCGAAGGAAAAGGAAAAAGAUGACGUGCGGCCUAAGUCUGUCAACUUGAUCCACCGGGUGUCUUCCUCGGGGCACAAGGCUGGUGGCGGCAGUGGUCGGAGGCGCACAGGAAAGAAGCGAGCGAGCAGCUUCGAUGCCAGCCGGCAUCGAGAUUACAUCUCGCUACGGGGCAUGGCCAAGCCGCGCAGUGCUGUGUUUGCCACUGAGGAGGACUCCAGCGACCACAGUGACUUGAGUCGCACCUCCAGCCUGCAUUCGGCCCACCGCUUCAGCACAGACAGCUCCUCCAGCACCACCUCCCACUCCUGCCAGUCCCCAGACGGACGAUACCGCGCCCUGAAGGCCAAGUAUGGGAGCAGUGCACGGGAGAGGGGCCGGGACUCUGAGGCAGGACGGAGGGGAGCGGCCUCUUCCUCCAAGGAUCAGUCCUGCUCAGAGGGGGGCGCAGGAGGGCGCAGGCGUUCCUCUCGCCGCACCCCUAGCACGGGCAGCGCAAAGACUCACACCCGCGUGCUGAGCCUGGACAGUGGCACCGCCGCCUGCCUUAACGACCCCAACCGGCUGGGGGCUCCGGCCAGCGCCCGCCCACUCACCACCUCCAAAUCGGACCUAGAGGCCAAAGAGGGGGAGGUCCUGGACGAGCUGUCCCUGCUGGGCCGGGCCUCGCAGCUCGAGUCAGUGACACGGUCCCGAAACAGCCUGCCCAGCCAUGUGGCAUUCCCAGAGAGCGAGGAGACAGAGGCUGCUGGUGGAGCCGCCCGGUCGAGCGAGGAGGCGGUAACGUUUCGCCGUGAGCGCAGCACGUUCAGGCGACAGGCUGUCCGGCGUCGGCACAACGCCGGGAGUAACCCCACCCCCCCGGCCUCCCUCAUCGGAUCUCCACUCAGCCUUCAGGAAGCUGCGCAGGGUCCCCAGCUCUCCACCUCCCAGCUCAAACUGCAGUCCCGCCCCCCCUCCCAGUCAGCCGUGCUCAGCGCGAGCUCUUCCCUGCUGGCCAGGAACGGAAGUGUCCACCUGGAGGGCUUUCCAGACAACGCGUCUGCCAUGGGCGGAGCCAGUUUGCACGAUGAGUUCGGGAAGUUCACACCUCCUCUCUACGAGACAGGGGGCUGUGACAUGUCCCUGGUGAACUUUGAACCUGCCAGGAGACGCACUUCAAACAACAUCUGGGACACAGACUCCCAUCUCUCCAGUUCUACCUCAGUUCGAUUUUACCCACAUGACCUGCUCUCUCUUCCUCAGAUCCGUCUGAACCAGUUACUGACCAUCGACCAUGACCUCCUGGAGCAGCAGGACACUGACCUCAGUCCCGACCUGCAGGACCCCAUGCAGCGCCCAGAGGAGGUCGCCCGCAAGGCCAAGCACUACUACCGCUUCUGGCUGCUGCCUUACGUGUGGAUCGGGGUGAACUUCGACCGGCUCACCCUGAUCGCCCUGUUCGACAGGAACAGGGAGGUGUUGGAGAAUGUGCUGGCUGUGGUGCUGGCUGUGCUGGUAGCCUUCCUGGGCUCUGUGCUUCUCAUCGCUGGCUUCUUCACAGACAUCUGGGUCUUCCAGUUCUGCGUGGUCAUCGCCAGCUGCCAGUACUCUCUGCUCAAGAGUGUGCAGCCUGACUCAUCAUCUCCAAGACAUGGCCACAACCGCGUCAUUGCCUACAGCCGGCCUGUGUAUUUCUGCGUGUGCUGUGGGCUGAUCUGGCUGCUGGACUAUGGCAGUGUGAGGCCCAGCACUCCCCGCUUCACACUGUACGGAGUGGCCUUCACCAGCCCGCUGCUCCUGACUUCAGCCAGGGACCUCAUCAUAGUGUUUACACUCUGCUUUCCCAUUGUGUUCUUCAUCGGUCUGCUUCCUCAAGUCAACACCUUUGUGAUGUAUCUCUUUGAGCAGCUCGACAUUCACAUCUUCGGUGGGAACGCCUCAACCAGCCUUCUGUCAGCCCUGUACAGCUUUGUUCGCAGCAUCGUAGCAGUGGCCCUGCUAUACGGACUGUGCUAUGGUGCUUUGAAGGAAUCGUGGGAUGCCCAGCACAUUCCGGUCCUCUUCUCUGUGUUCUGUGGUCUCCUGGUGGCUGUGUCCUAUCACCUGAGCAGGCAGAGCAGCGACCCCUCUGUUCUCAUCUCAUUGGUGCAAUCGAAGGUCUUUCCCAACGUGAAGGAUAAAAAUCCAGAGGAUCCUCUCUCUGAAGUGAAGGAUCCGUUACCGGAGAAACUGAGGAACUCUGUGAGUGAACGCCUUCAGUCUGAUUUCAUCGUCUGCAUUGUGAUUGCUGUUUUAUACUUCGCAAUCCAUGUCAGCACAGUGUUCAUUGCGUUGCAGCCUUACUUGAGCUACGUGUUGUAUGCGUUGGUGGGUGUUGUUGGUUUGGGAACUCACUACCUGCUGCCUCAGCUCCGCAAGCAGCUGCCUUGGUACUGUUUCUCCCACCCACUGCUCAAAACCAAGGAGUACUACCAGUUUGAGGUCCGAGAUGCUGCGCAGGUUAAGUGGUUUGAGAAGAUCCACGUGUGGAUGCUGUUCAUGGAGAAGAACGUGCUGUACCCCCUCAUUGUUCUCAACGAGCUGAGUGGCAGUGCCCCAGUCAUCGCCAGCUCCAAGGAACUCGACAAGGAGGUGGGUGCUUUGAUGAUCACCAUCGCUGGGUUGAAGCUCCUGCGCUCCUCGUUCAGCAGUCCCACCUACCAGUACGUGACAGUCCUGUUCACGGUGCUCUUCUUCACCUUCGACUACCAGCCGCUCUCUCAGACCUUGUUGCUGGACCUCUUCCUCAUGUCCAUUGUCUUCAGCAAGCUGUGGGAGCUGUUCUACAAGCUGCGCUUUGUGUACACCUACAUCGCACCCUGGCAGAUCACCUGGGGGUCCGCCUUCCACGCCUUCGCCCAGCCCUUCGCUGUGCCUCACUCGGCGAUGCUGUUUGUUCAGGCUGUGAUCUCUGCUGUCUUCUCCACUCCCCUCAACCCUUUCCUGGGCAGCGCUAUAUUCAUCACCUCCUACGUGCGGCCUGUCAAGUUCUGGGAGAGGGACUACAACACAAAGCGGGUCGAUAACUCUAACACCAGACUGGCAUCUCAGCUUGACAGGAACCCAGGUUCUGAUGACAAUAACCUGAACUCGAUCUUCUACGAGCACCUGACCCGCUCCCUGCAGCACAGCCUGUGUGGGGACCUGUUGCUGGGGCGCUGGGGUAACUACAGCACGGGAGACUGCUUCAUCCUGGCAUCGGACUACCUCAACGCACUUGUGCACCUCAUUGAGAUCGGAAAUGGACUGGUCACCUUCCAGCUGAGGGGCCUGGAGUUCAGGGGUACGUACUGCCAGCAGCGUGAGGUGGAGGCGAUCACAGAGGGGGUGGAGGAGGAUGAGGGGUUCUGCUGCUGUGAGCCAGGGCACCUCCCUCACGUAUUGUCCUUCAAUGCAGCCUUCGGGCAGCGCUGGCUGGCCUGGGAGGUCCUGGUCACCAAGUACGUGCUGGAGGGGUACAGCAUCACCGACAACAGUGCUGCCUCCAUGCUGCAGGUGUUUGACCUGCGCCGUAUCCUCACCACAUACUACGUCAAGGGGAUCAUCUACUACGUUAUGGCCUCCACAAAGCUGGAGGAGUGGCUGUCUAGCGAGAGUGUGCAAGAGGGAUUGCGCUGCUGCCGGGACCGUGGCUAUGUGGACGUGGACCCCACCUUCAACCCCAACAUAGACGAGGACUACGACCACAGGCUCGCCGGCAUCUCCAGGGAAAGCUUCUGCGGGAUCUACCUGGGCUGGAUCCAGUACUGUGCCUCCCGCCGGGUGAAGCCUCUGAACUCGGACAAGGACUCUGCUGUGGUGACUCUGUGCUACGGGCUGUGUGUGCUGGGGAGAAGAGCUCUGGGGACCGCCUCUCACCACAUGUCCAGUAAUCUCGAGUCAUUCCUGUACGGCCUCCACGCUCUCUUCAAGGGAGAUUUCCGCAUCUCCUCGGUCCGGGACGAGUGGAUAUUCGCAGACAUGGAGCUCCUCAAGAAAGUGGUGGUGCCGGGGAUACGCAUGUCUCUCAAACUGCACCAGGAUCACUUCACCUCCCCGGAUGAGUAUGAGGAGCCGGCAGUGCUGUUUGAAGCGAUCUCGACUCACGAGCAGACCCUGGUGAUCGCGCACGAGGGGGACCCAGCCUGGCGCAGCGCGGUGCUCUCCAAUGCUCCCUCCCUGCUGGCACUGCGCCAUGUCAUGGAUGAGGGCACCAACGAGUACAAGAUCAUCAUGCUGAACCGCCGCUACCUCAGCUUUCGUGUUAUCAAGGUCAAUAAGGAGUGUGUGCGCGGGCUGUGGGCCGGGCAGCAGCAGGAGCUGGUUUUCCUGCGGAACCGCAACCCUGAGCGUGGCAGCAUCCAGAACGCCAAGCAGGCUCUGCGCAACAUGAUCAACUCGUCCUGCGACCAGCCCAUCGGGUACCCCAUCUACGUGUCCCCCCUCACCACCUCCUACUGCAACUCCCACAGCCAGCUGCGGGACAUCAUGGGGGGAGCCAUCAGCAUUGGAAACAUCCGCAACUUUGUCGUCAACACCUGGCACAGGUUGCGGAAAGGCUGUGGAGCUGGAUGCAACAGCGGCGGGAACAUCGAGGAGUCUGACGCUGGAGGAGGGGUCUCGUGUGGUAGCGGCAAUGGGGUGGGGGUGGAGUCACAACAGAGUGGCAUCUCGCAGGGAGGGGCAGCUGGACUGGCACCCCCUGUCUACUACCAGCCCCACGCCAUGGGCACCAGUCACAGCUCCCAGUCGGUGCAGUCAGGCCUGGUGCGUCACUCCCCAGCCCGAGCCUCGGUAGCCAGCCAGUCCUCGUACCGCUACAGCAGCAGCCGUCACUCCUCCCUGCGCACCUCUGCCACGGGACUGGAGCCCUGCCGCCGCUCCUCCACCAGCCAGCUGUCCCUGCGCACCCUGCCCACCUCCCUCCAGUUGCGCCUGUCCGUCACCACCGCCAGCAGCGACCCGGCUGGGCCCUCCGCCAGCCUGUCCAGCCACAGCAUCCCCCCCUGCAAGAGGCACGCACUGGCGGGGCUGCUGGGGAGUGAGGGGCAGGGCGGCCCAGAGACACACCGCAGAGAUGACAUCGCCUACAGGGUGCAGGUCAUUGACCCGAGCCAGGUGCUGGACACCAUUAACCUGUCGAAGCGCAAGGAGCUGCAGUGGCCGGACGAGGUGGUGAGGCUGAGAGCUGGGAGGAGCUGCUGGAGGGAGUGGAGCCCACAGGAGGGCAUGGAGGGACACGUGAUUCACCGCUGGGUGCCUUGCAGUAGAGAUCCAGGGAGCCGGUCCCACAUUGAUAAAACCAUCCUGCUGGUGCAGAUUGAGGACAAGCUCGUACCCAUCAUUGAGAGCGGGGUCAUGGAGCUGGGGGCCGAAGCGUGAGCUGCCCCAGAGACACGGGGGAACAAAGGACCAGAACACUCGCACACUCAAACAGCGCCCUCCGGGACAGAGUCGUCCUGCAGUGGGAUGAUGAGGACACGGCAGCACGCUCGCUGAGCCCCUUCUCAAGAUUGUAGGAGAGCACUGCAGGGGGAAGUGGAGUUCUCCCUCUAUAUAACACAAUAUGCUGCAUGAGGUUACACUCCUGUUAACACAUAUUCAUUAUAAGUUGAAUAUUUCUAUGCAUCUCAUAACCGUGUGACAGUCAGACACCUUUAUUACAGUCCAGUCAAGAAAAACACACACAAGAAAAGGACUUGCCAAAAAAGAGAAGAAAAGAUUGUCAUGGUUUCAUGUGAUGCACGUUUAAACUGUUUAUGUUUAUGCCAAUGCCGUAUAGCAUUGGUUAGGUGUAGUUAAACAGGAGAUUUAUUUUUCUUUUUGUCAUGGAUAUAUACUUUUUCACUCUUGUUGUCAUUCCUAUUUAAUUUUAGAGUUGCAAAACAUAUGUUUAAAGAAUCCUGCACACUCUGUGUCUCUCUUGUACAUUUUUUUUUGUGGUUUUUACAGCAAUGCACUACAGUUCUGAGUAAGAUUAUUUAUUGUUAAAGCGAAUUUGCCAUUAUUUUACAGAUGCCUUCGGAAUGAAAAACAUGCAAUCAGCAUACCAUUCUGCCAUCUAUAGUACUCUCCUUUUGUGUUAUUUAUCGCUCUGUAUUUUAGAAUUUUCUUUAACUUGAAAAACUAUGUUUCUUUUCCACUAAAUGAUAUAUAUAUAUAUGUGAGUGUGUAUGUGUGCGUGUGUAAUAUAUAUAUAUAUAUAUAUAUAUAUAUAUAUAUAUAUAUAUAUAUAUAUAUAUAUAUAUAUAUAUAUAUAUGUGAUGUGUGUGUUGUAAAAAGAGGAAGAGGUUUUUUUUAUAUUUAUUACUGUGAACAUGGGUUAUUUACAUUUAGUUACAUAUCUUUUGAUUUGCUUUUUUUUUUUUUUUUUGCAUUGGUGGGGCGGACGGACGACAAAGGUAUAUUAUUAUUAUAUAAAGGACCAUAAGGUUACUUCGUGAAAUGCUGUUGGGCUGUUUCCAACAGAGCUUAUUUAACUUAAUUUUAUAUAUUAAAAAGAAAGAAAAUAAAUAAAGUCAAACAUUUUGAUUUCC